AUGUAUUUCUCCAAGUCAUUUCCUCCUCCUGUCUUUUUGAUUUCCUUCUUCCUCCUCCUCCACACUGUCCUUUGUGGAAACCCUCUUUACCAUUUUUGUUUUAGCCAGGACACCUACACUGCUAAUAGUCCCUAUAAUUCCAACUUGAAUGAGCUCCGAAAUCUUGUACGCACCAAAGUUCCACCAACCGGAUUUGGAUUUGGCUGGGUUGGUCAAGGCCAAAACCGCGUCAAUGGCCUAGCCCUAUGCUGGGGCGAUGUCUCCAAAUCAAACUGUAAAACCUGUGUCACUGAGGCAACCAAAGUGAUCCGUGAGCGUUGUCCACGCAAGAAAGGAGCCAUUAUUUGGUACGAUAAUUGCCUCUUCAAGUACUCAAAUGUGGUCUUCUUCGGAAAAAUAGACAACACAAACAAAGCCUAUUUGUAUAGCGUACACAAGGUAGCUGAUCCCAAGACAUUUAAUCAGAAAACAAAGAAGUUGUUAAGCUCCUUAGCUAGUAAAGCUUCUGGCAGUCCAGUUUUAUACGCUGCGGGAAAGCUAGAGCUCGAAGGAUCAAAGAAAUUGUAUGGGUUGGUUCGAUGCACUCAAGACCUCUCUAAAAUUGAUUGCAAGAAGUGCCUUGACGGUGCAAUAAGUGAACUUCCGAGGUGCUGCGAUGGAAAACAAGGAGGGAGGGUGCUUGGUGGCAGUUGUAGCUUCAGAUAUGAGCUUUACCCUUUUGAGUUGAGGAAAAAGGUGUCUGGGAAUAUUGGAGAUGAACAGGCCGAGAGUCUAUUUGUAAAAGGCAAAAGUGGGACAAAGGGUUCUGGUAGUAGGGGCAAAUCUAGAUCUCAUAAAAAUAUGGAAUAUUACUACUGUCACGAGAUAGGGCGCAUCAUCGAGCACUGUCCCAAACUAAGGCAAAGAAUGGGAAUGGCAAAAAGAAGGUUCAAGAAGCAGCUUCUGUGUAGGGAUUCUUUCUCUUCCUAUAAAGAGGUGAAAUGUGGUUCGAUUUUGACGGCAGACAGGAAAGAUUUCAAAAUUUUGGGAAUUGGAACAGUCAAGAUCAAGACAUACAAUGGGUUGGUGAGAACAUUGUCAGAUGUGCGACAUGUACCGGAUCUGAAGAUGAAUCUUAUUUCAGCCAGGCACCAAGGUGAAAAUUUUAUAUCUUCUCCAGGGGAAUACAGUAACAGGUGGAGCUACUACAGGAUCUUUUACAGUUCGCAGAAAUCUGCAUUCAGGUCUUGGCAAAAGAAGAGUUACGAUUCUAGUUCUCAAAAGGGUUGUGAGAGGACUACACAACGUGGUGGGAGAAUGAAAUCCAUUUUCAGAUGGCAACCGAAAUUGUAA